CCGGGUAAUAGGGUUGCGUUCGAGUUUUGCCCACCGUCAUCUAUGGUAGCGAGGCCGCUCUGCCGUCCACAAGGAAAAGGCGACGGCGCUAGGUAUAAAAGGCCACUGAAGACUGAAGAGAGGCAGCUCUGCUCGUCAAAUCUUCCCGACCGAUCCUCCACUAUCUUGACAACUGCGUCCAGAAUCUUUGCUUUUCAAGCCGGUCCGUGACAGGGUCACUUGCGAAAGUGCCCUCGAGAACUCUCGCUCUUUUGAGCUCUCACUCCUUUGAACCCUCACUCCUUUGAACUGUAUGGUAAGAUCCGCUCCGAGCCAGCUAGUCUCUGCUCAUGUUUUAAAGACAAACAUGUAUUACGGCUACUCCUACCCCGUGGAUGUGGGGGAGGUCCCAUCCUCCAUAAGCGAUCUCGGUGACGCUUCCCACUUAAGGGAGUACCUGGAGAGACAUGCCGGAUCCUCAGUUUUGUCCUCCACGAUGAGUGAUUCCGGCGAUGCUUCCCACUUGGGCUACUUCUGGGAGUCUUUGAGGAGAAUAAUCGGCGUAUCCCCAAUCCAAUCCUCCACGGGCAGUGGUCCCGAUCUCCAAGGACCUGUACCCACAGCGGAGUCUUCGGAUGUUUCCAACUCGGAAUCGUCCUUGGAAGGGGCCGCAUCCGAAUCCAACCCGGAAAGUGACUCCGGCUCCAGUAUUCCGCAACCACUUAAAAGUGAGGUUGAGGCUGAGAAGGAGGAGAAGCAGGAAGAUGAUAAGCAGGAAGAUGAUAAGCAGGAAGAAGAUACGCAGGGGCCUUUGUCGCAGGAAAACAGUGAGCAGGAGGUAGAGGUUGAGGAGGACACCUCAGAAACCCCACAGUCAGAAAUACUCUACUCUCAUACUUAUCACAACUUCUGCGGGAUAGUAGAAAUCCUGCCAGCGGACCAGGCCUACGCGGCUGCAAUGGCCGAGUACACACCCGCGGCCUGGUCGCGCAUGCCGUUCUGGAUAAGCCGCUGCAAAUCCACCGUGGGUGUAGCCUGGAAGGACGCCUGCCCGGCAGACAACAGGAACGUGAACAAUGGCCCGGCCCUUACAUGGCAUUCCACCACUACCCACGUCCAGCAAAAAGUGGAGGAAUCUUCUCUUGUCAUGCUCAAGGCCGUGGAGAUUGCGGCAAGACUCGUCCGGGUGCAGUGUCUUGCGCGGUUUGCUGAGGGAACCAUCCUCAGACCUGAUAUGGCCCCGAUCCCUGACCUUGGCUACGGCACGGCCUGGCGCCCUAAGACUUGCGUCAUCUACACUGAUUGCAAGGAGACUGUGCUCGGCAUGAAAGAAUUCAGCUGGGGUAACAUUCAACAUUCUAGGCAUGGCAACCAUAUCUGCAAGAUUCGUGGGUUAAUAGACAAGAUAAAGAGCCUGGGUGUGAAUGUUAAGAUAUGCUGGGUUGACCCCGCAUGGUCCGUCGAGGGGCUGAAAAACGCAGCCAACGUGGCCAAGCGCCUUGCGGAGGAUAACACCCGUGCUCCUCCUCCUCUUGACGAGGAUGUCCUGGAACCGAGGUAUACUAUAAUGAAUGUCCGUCAGUUUAAAGGUCAAUAA